GCGGCUCGGUUCGAGCAGGGUUACCGAGAGAUUGCACAUCGUGUCAAAAUAGCUGGUCACUUGGACCCGGAAGUCAACAUAUUCCAGCUUGUGCACGACUGGCUGUACGAAAGUCAGAGGAACUGGAUGCUUAUCCUCGAUAGUAUUGAUGAUGCCCGGUUCCUCGCCCAGCCUGGUAAUUCGGCCAAUACUUCGCUACCUUUAUGGGAAUACCUUCCCCUAUGCGCGAAUGGAACUAUUCUCGUCACCACACGGAGUAGGGAGGCCGCGUUGACGCUAGUUGAAGCGGUCGAUAUCGUCGCAGUCGACACCAUGCACACAGACGAGGCCUUAACACUAUUCAAGAACAAGCUGGGAUUGCCGGCGGAUAUUGAAGACAACGUCGAAUUGAUGUCUGAGCUUGAAUUUUUACCGCUAGCCAUUGUUCAGGCUGCACGAUAUAUCGGAUCUAGAUUGCCUCAUAUGUCCGCAAAACGGUACCUUGAAAUGUUGAGGGGAGGCGAUCGCAAAAGAUCUCGACUGCUCAGUAUUGAUUCACAAGAGUUUCGCCGUGAUGCUGAGGCGAGUAAUUCCAUUUUCACUACUUGGCAAAUUUCUUUUGACUAUAUCCGCGAAACUAGACCAUCGGCUGCCGACUUAUUAUCUCUCAUGUGCUUUUUUGAUGCGCAGGGGAUUCCAGAGAAUGUGCUUCGGUAUCAUCCUAAGCACAGUAGCAGGAAAAAAGACAGAAGGUUCGAAGAAGGCGAUGAUAUUAGUGAAGCUUCAUCUUCACAGACAAGCGAAAGCGAUGGAUUCGAGGAUGAUAUAUCAUCACUACUGAAUUUCUCCUUCAUCUUGAUUCGUCCGGACGGAGCAAUGUUUGUGAUGCAGAAACUUGUGCAACUAGCAAUGCGAAUACGGCUCAAAGAGAACGGUCAGCUAGAAAAAUGGAAUCAGCGAUUUAUUCGAAAUCUCUCUGCGUUAUUUCCAACAGGGGAGUACGAAAACUGGACUAUAUGCGGAACACUCUUCCCACAUGCACGGUCCGCUGCCACACAACCGCCAGAAGAAGACUCGUCGCUGGCUGAGUGGGCCACACUCCUCUACCAUGCGGCAUGGUAUGCAUGGAGGAGAGGGAACGCGUCUGACGCCGAGUCCUUAGCUCUGAAGUCCAUGAAAGUACGGAGCAAAGUGUUUGGGAAAGGCCACGAGGAUACGCUGAGUAGCAUGGUAAUGUUAGGAUUGGCGUACCAUCUUAGUAGUCAAUUGGAUAAGGCAGAAGAGGUUUUCGUGCAAGUAGUCAAGGCUCGCGAGCAGAAACUCAAGCCGGAGCAUCCAGACAUGUUAAGCAGCCUUGGUCAUUUGGCAUCCACGUACAGGUAUCAAGGCCGGUGGAACGAAGCUCAAGACCUGGAGGUACAGGUGAUGGAGGUGAGCCAGAAGGUGUUGGGUGCAGAGCAUCCAAGUACACUGACUAGUAUGGAUAACCUAGCAUCGACACUUUGGAAUCAAGGCCGAUGGAACGAGGCAGACGAGCUUUUUUCGCAGGUAUUAAAGGUCCGUGUGAGAACCCUCGGGCCUGACAAUCCAGACACCCUAAAGAGCAUGGAGAACCUGGCUUCCACAAAUAGAAAUCAAGGCCGGUGGGAUGAGGCCGAAGAGCUGGAGGUGCAAGUGGUGGAGAAGAAAAGAAGGGUGCUUGGCGCAGAGGCUCCAGACACGCUUAUCAGCAUAGGCAACUUGGCGUUGACAUUUUGGAAUCAAGGCAGAUGGGACAAGGCUGAAGAUCUGUUUAUGUAUGUGAUGGAGACAAGCAAGAAGGUGCUCCGGUCAGACCAUGCGUGCACGCUAAGUAGCAUGGCCAAUCUCGCAAUGGCCCGCAGGUAUAAGGGGAAAUUGGCAGAGGCGGAGAUUCUGGAGACACAAAUCUUGGGGAUCCAACAACAGAUUCUUGGUAAAUACCACCCUUCCACCUUGACUAGCAUGGUCAAUCUUGCUUCCACUUUUUGGAACCAAGGUCGAUGGAACGAUGCCGAAAAGCUUUUGGUAGAAGCUGCGGAGACAAGCAAGAGAGAAAUCGGUCAAGAACAUCCCGACACUUUAAGCUGCAUUGAUAAUCUUGCGACAGUCUACAGAGAUCAAGGAAGAUGGACGGAGGCCGCACUAGUCGGUUUACAAGUAAUGGAAACGAGCAAAAGAAUACGUGGUGAAGAGCAUCCAGAUACAUUGAGCUGCAUGGCAAAUCUUGCAACAACACGCAGAUAUCAAGGGCAAUGGAACGAGGCAGAAGAAUUGGAGAGGCAAGUAAUGCAGAUUCGGCAGCGAAUGUUAGGUGCAGAGCAUCCCUCCACGCUACAAUGCAUGACCAAUCUUGCAACAACUCUUUGGGUUCAAGGCCGGUGGAAAGAGGCGGAAAGUCUAAGUGGAAAAGCCAUGAGUAUUAGUUUGAGUGUUUUAGGUGAAGAUCAUCCUGACACUCUCUCAGCUAUAAGUAAUCUUGCAACAUUGCAUUGGCUUCAAGGUCAAUGGGCGGAUGCCCAAACGCAGGAAAUGCGGGCUAUUCGUGGCAGAAGGAUGGUGCUUGGAGCUGAACAUCCCGAUACAUUAUCGAGUAUGAAUGGUCUUGCCUUGAUAUACAAAAGUCAAGGACUUCUCAAUGACGCAGAAGAUCUCACAAUGCAGGUUGUGGACGUGCGAACAAGAGUGAUGGGGCCAGAACACCCACAUACUCUCUCCAGCGUGGGUAACCUAGCAACGCUUUACCGGCUCCAAAAGAGAUGGGAUGAAGCCGAGCAGCUACAGCAGUUUGUACAGACAACCACUGAAGCUCGUCUCGGGAAGGAACAUCCAGAUUCGUUGAGCAGCAUGUCGAAUUUGGCAUCAAUAUAUUCAUGCAAAGGGAAGUGGAAGGAAGCAGAGGAACUUGAUUUGGAUUCAAUCAGAUUGAGGGAGAUAGUUCUGGGAGAGAACCAUCCCGAAACACUCAUCAGCAAGAACAACUUAGCACGAACUUACCAAGGCCAACAACGGUGGAAUGAGGCUGAGAUGCUAUCGUCUACGGUUUGGGAGACAAUGAGACAGGUGCUUGGACCCGACCACCCACACACUUUGGGGGCUAUGGCUGGUCUAGCGCAGACAUGGAGAAGCCAAGGGAAUUAUAAGAAGUCUGUUCCUUUUCUUGAGUGGUGCGUUCGACUCCGAGAACAAAGACUAGGUCCUGAACAUCCCACUACCAAGGCAACAGCGAAUGCCCUUGCAAGGUGGCAGGAUCAAAUGAGCAUCGAUCAAAGGUCCUCUGGCGUACAUGUUUCGCAUCAACCGAGUGGGACUACGAUGUCCCUAACUAAACAGGCUCGAGCUUCUGAUGAAUGGUUUGAGCGUUUGGACCACAUGACUGCUCUUCUUAGUAUGAGGCAAAAGGCUGGCGGUUACGAUCCUGUCAAGAUUGCCAUACUUGAUACCGGCAUUAAUUCCAAAAGCCCUUAUCGAAAGAGAAUCAAGGAAUAUAAAGAUUAUAUUGUAACUGACGAGAAAGAGGGGAUCGACAAUACUGGUCACGGCACUAAUGGGGUCUACCUCACAUUCAAGGUCAUUCCUGAAGCCGAGGUCUAUGUUGCUAGGGUUUGGGAUAGCCAGAACGCAACACUGACAACUCCAGGAUUGGUUGCUGAGGUACCUAUCCUGCUGGAGCUACUGUGUACUAUGUCGCUAAUAGGUGUAGGCAAUCGAACAUGCAGUAGAAACUUGGAUGGUGGACAUCAUUACACUGGCAUUCGGUUUCGACGAAGAUUAUGAAGGUAUCAGUUGCGCAAUCCGGAAAGCAAAAGCAAAAAGUGUCCUCAUGUUUGCAGCAGCCUCAAACCAAGGCAACAUUGAUGGCGUCGCUUUUCCAGCACGUAUGGUUGGAGAUGUGAUCUGCAUGUUUUCUUCAGAUGGCAGAAUCAAGCCGUCGUCAUUCAAUCCAGCAAAGCUCGACCAAUCUCUGAACUUUGCCGUUCUAGGUGAGGGAGUGGAGGGUGUCUCUAUCACUAAAGCAGAAUACACGGUCCGUAAAGAGGGAACAUCCAUUUCAACAUUCAUAGCGGCUGGGCUUGCCGCGCUCGUUCUCGACUUCUCAAU